AUGGAGCUGUAUGCUUAUUCUAUCUACGUUCAUUACCUUCUAACCACGAGUCUUGGAGCAGUCAUCAAUGCAAGGCCUGGUAGCGCUAGCGCGGUUGUGGUACCCGAAUUCCUUGACGCGUGCCGUGCCGUUGUCUCACCCUUUGAUUACUCGGCUAAGAAUCGUCGUGGCCAUGAGCUGCUAGUCUGCAGUGCUGCCAGCAGCCCUGUUCCCUUUGCGAGCAGCGACAACAGCGGUAUCGUUGACGUUGACGGGCGCGAAGUCCCACCUGCGUCACUCGAGACUGGCGUGUCUCUGGUAGGGCGCACCGAGCUGUCUUCUCUUUUUGGGAGACAGGUAGUCGGCGGCGACGACUAUACCUGCGGUCCGGACCGCCCUUGUAAGAACAAGGCCUGCUGUCCCAAGAAGACUGGCCAGUGCAACUACGGCGAAGAAGCCUGCGGCACAUCUGGAAUCUCUCCCAAUGAUAUAUGCUGGUCUAAUUGCGAUGCUAAAGCAGAGUGCGGCAGGAACGCAGCUAUCCCCGGCCAGAAAUGUCCCCUGAAUGUCUGUUGUGGCAAGUGGGGUUUCUGCGGAAUGACAAGCGACUUCUGCGAAAAGGAGGACAAUGGAGCCACGGGCGGCUGCCAGUCCAACUGCGAUCAGCCAGGUCCUAAGAACAAGGCUUCUGAUCAACUCAACCGUGUCAUUGGAUACUACGAGGUAUGGAGACACGACUCCAAGUGUCAGGAUAUGGGAUUGGACGACAUUCCUGUCAACUCUUUGGCCCAUCUAUAUUUCUCGUUUGCCUUCAUCACGCCGGACUUACAGAUAGUUGGCAUGGACAACCUGCCCGACAAGCUGUUUACAGACUUCAUCAAUCUCAAGAAGAAGAACCCUGCGCUCAAGAUGGUUAUUGCUAUUGGCUUGUGGACGCACAACGACCCGGGCCCUUUGCAAAAGGUAUUUACUAACAUGGUCAGCACGAAGGCCAGCCGUUCCAAGUUCAUCGGUAACCUCAUGUCCUUCUUACGCAUGUACGCCUUUGACGGUGUUGACUUCGAUUGGGAGUACCCUGGAGCGGAUGAUCGCGGUGGUGUGCCCGAGGACGGCGUGAACUUCACCCAGUUUCUUAAGGAGCUCCGGGAUGAAUUCGAGAAGCAGCCCGUGAAGUACAUUGUGUCCUACACGGCGCCAACGAGUUUCUGGUAUCUGCGCCACUUUGAUCUCAAGUCGGUUGAAUAUACCGACUUUAUCAACGUAAUGUCAUACGAAAAUGGAGUCCCGGCCAACAAGCUGAACACGGGUCUCGGUUUCUAUGGUCGCGCGUUCCAGCUCGCUGAUCCGUCCUGCAACAAGCCUGGCUGUCUUUUCAAGGGAGGCGCCACCAAAGGGGCGUGCAGUGGCGAGUCUGGCAUUUUGAGUUACCGCGAGAUCCAGGAGGUCAUCAAAGUCAACAAGAUCAAGCCCGUCCACGAUAAGGAAGCCGGUGUCAAGUACAUUACCUGGAACACUGACCAGUGGGUGUCAUUUGACGACAAGGAAACGUUCAAGCAGAAGAAGGACCUCGCGGCCAAGCUCGGCCUCGGAGGCUAUCUGAUGUGGGCCAUCGACCAAGAUGACGCCGAGAUGUCUGCGCUAGCUGCCGUCUUAGACCCCAAACCCUUGGGUGACUUCAAGUCGGACGAUAAGGGUGACGAGAACUGGACGGGCACCAACGAGAUGUGCUACGUUACGAGCUGCGGCAUCACAGUCUGCAAGGCAGGCGAGGUCAGGAUCACGCACCAGAAGUGCGGCAAGGGCAAGGAGAGCGCUCUCUGCUGUCCCUUGUCGGGAGCCCCUGACCCCAGGUCAUGCAACUGGCGCGGAGGCGCGACCCGGUGGUGCAACAGCUACUGCAAGGACGACGAGGUUAUGACGCACAUGAUGCCACAGCGGCGAGGUGCCUCUACCUUCUCCGGGACCCUCUUCGACAUCCUCGACGACGUCGCCAAAGUCAUCUUGCGGGUCGUCGGUCGCGCGUCUCCGCUCGCGGUCCUUACGGGUCUAGUCCUGCUUGAGGUUCUCGACGAGCUGGAUAUCGACACUAAGAAGCUAUACUGCUGCCCUGAGAAGGAGAUUUCCAAGUGGAAGAACUGCACCUGGUACGGUAAACCUGGUAAUUGCUUCGAUGGCCACUGCCCGGAUAUGAGGACGGCGAAGAUCACCGACUCGUACUUUGGCGGUAGCGACAACUGCGGCGCCCACUUGGACCGUGUCCGCACAUUCUGCUGCGAGUCGGACGGCGAGCCCCUUUUUCUACCCGUAACCUAUAAGACUUCGGCCGGCGGCGACGAUGACCCUAAUGAGGCCGCUUUCCAGUUCGUGGUUCUCGUCUCGCCCGAGGCGCUUCAAAUCCCACUUGACAAGCGCGACGGGUCCAGCUGGGUCGUCUUUGACUGCAACGGCUCCAUCUCCGAGGGCGAGCACACAGUCCGCAUGAUGCCCAAGGGCUGCGGCCCAGGAAAGUACGCCGUCGCCAAGAGCAUGACACCGGCCCCUGGCAAAGACCACGCCAAGCUUCUGCCUCGUCACCUGUCUCACCUCGCCAGCCUCGAGCCUGUCGUCUACGAAUUGACUUUCGACUACGAUUUCCACCGCGUGCCGCGCGACCUCGGCAAUACCCAGAUGCGCAUCGACUACAGCAACCAGGACGACUACUGGGCAAACAUUGUCGCCGGAUCCGUCAGCCGGAAGCGAGACGUCCAUGACGUCGGCGGGAACCCGGUUAGAUGGCUCGAGGAGGAAUUUCGGGACGACUUACAUUUUGACGAGAUUGCCUCGCGGGACCUUCACGAGCGGUGGUUCGGCAAGAGCAUCCUCGAGUGGUUGGCAGCCCUGGUGAAACCCGAGAUCAAGCGCGAGUUCACGCACAAGUACGAUGACAGCAUCACGGCAAAGUUGUUUGACGAGUCAUGGAACUGUCCCGGAUCGAUAGAGGGCGUCAACUACGACGGCCACCUGGUCGGCCAGGCCAUCCUCGACAUCGAGGUCGAGUCCAGCUUCGGCUUCACCCUCAUCGUCGAGAGUUUCACCCUGCCCCUUAACUUCGAGAAUAGCUACCUGACCUUCUACAACAAGGGUAAGGUCACCGGUGUGGUCAUCCUCGAGGCCCUCGCCCGCGUAACGUACGAGAAGAAGAAGAUCAUCCUCAACCUGCCGUUCCCUGGUGCCUCUUUCAAGAUUCCCGGCAUCGCCACCAUCGGCCCCCAGCUCACCGUAGAGGGCAGCAUCGACGCCUCCCUCGGCAUGGCUGGAUUGAUUGAGACCAAGCUUGAGAUUGCCAAGUGGGACGUCCGCCAAGUCAUGCCCGACACCAGUUCCUACAAGCCCGAGCUCAUCGACAACAGCAAUCCAAGCCUCGAUCGGACUGGAGACUUCUCGGGGAUCCAAAGACCCGAAUUCUACGCGGGCGUCACAGCCUCCGGGGAUGUCACCUUUAAGCUGUCGGCUGCUGCCGAGUUUGGCGUUCGCUUCGUCGAGAAGUGGAAGGUUGACCCGGCGGCCGCCUCGGUCGUGGGCGAGGUCAGCCUGACGACUAAGUUUGCGGCGGGCGUCUCGACCAAGGGAACGUGCCCGUUUACCUACGGUGUCGACAUCGGCGCUCGUCUGUUCGCGAGAGCAACGGCGCCCAGUGUGUUUGGCUGGGCUGGUGGUGAGGUCCCCCUGACGGAUAAGUGGAAGAAGACCGUCAUCGAGGGCGGCACUUGUCCCGACCUGGGCCCGACACCUUCAAAGAAAAACCUCAGGCGAGGUCACGACCAUCUUCCCAUCAAGGGCCGCACUGAAGACAAGUACGGCCACGGCUCCGACCUGCAUACGAGGCACAUCUCCGAGGGGCACAUGUCGAUCCUGGACAAGAGAGGUGGUGUAUAUGGCCCAGCGUUCAGUCUCUCCGUCGGCGAGUUCUUCUGCCCUUCUCUAGACAAUGAGAAAGGCACUACGUGUGAGGAAGCAUACGAUUCCAUGGCAGCGAGCAAUGAGGGCGGCGAAUGGAGAGAUGUGGCCGCCAAGCACAAGAGGGAGGAUAAGCUGACUCCGACGUCCACCAUUGAUGAAAACGCCAUUGCCGCACAUUUCCAUGCUCAUCAGCGGCGGCGUAAUGGCCAUAUCAACCACGCAGGAGGGGAGUCACUGGACGUGUUGGGCAAGAGAGCCGAACCAAAGCUGGUCAGGGCAUGUCAGAUGGAUUGCGACAUUCAGGACUACUUCCCCUCUGGCGGCCAGCUGAAUGGCAAGGAUUGGGGCUGGGUCGAUCCCAAGAAUUGCGGCGACUUUACCUUUGGCGAUCCCUUGACGGCAUGCGCCGCCGGCGUCGAGUAUCAUACCGAGCACAUUCUCGAGGCCCAGAUGAUUGACCUGUUCUUCAAGUACCUUGACAAUAAGAAGUUCAAUCUGCCCGACCCAAGGCCAGGUGCGAAGCAGGGAGACUUCGUCUCCUUCUGUGCCUAUGUCGACGAGCUUUGGAAUGUGCCCCCUGUCGUGUGGCCAAGUGGGGACACGACCGGCGGCGUCGGCACGGCCUGGAACCCCAUUAUGCAUAUUGCGGCACAAUUCCCGACAAAGACGUACAAGAGGUCCGAGUUUGUCGCCCUCGAGUCCGCUAUCAAUAUGCCUUCCAAGAAGAACCCUUGGCGAUCCCAAAAUCCUUGGAAUACGCACACCUGGACUAAGGGCAUUGCUAAUUGCGCAGAGGCCAGGGUGAUUCUCCAGAAGAUGCGUAGCACAAUGGGCUCCCGCAUCUACCAGAGCCACUCGACCAUCAGCACAACUAUGAAGACCCAGACGGAUCGGAUUGGCAAGGUGCUCAACGCCCUCGACAUAGACCUGCUGCCCAAGAACAAGCCCAGCGCUCAACACCAACAAUGGCAAAAGCAGGACCUCCAGACCGAGUGGCUCAGGUACAUGAAGGGCCAGUACACCGCUAUGCAGUCCAAGACCAACGGCCUCGUCGACGAUUCCCUGCUCCUGAUGAAGAGGGCGUGGGUCACGGCGGCAGAGAAGGAAAAGUGGGAGGACAAACCAAAUGAUUCGCCGGCCAAGCUGGCCGAGGACAAAGAAUACUGGGAUUUCAUACAGGCCAUCGAAGACUUCGAAACAAAGUGGAAUGGGCUACCCGCGUGGACGAACCACUCUGAUGACGACGACAUCACAGCAGCAGCGGCGUCACCAUCAUUAUCACCACUCCGGUUUGUAACUAAGUCCUCGUACAUUCUUUCUUUAUGA